AUGAUGAACGAAAUAUUAUCAUCUGGUGAAACGACAGAUGAGGACGAGGUUGAUAGAAAUUUUGAUGCCGAAGCAAAAUUAAUCAUACCUUACCAAAAAAAAUCUGCUGAUAGAUACCUGCAAGUCUAUGAUAAUUAUCAACGAUGGAGACAUGAAAAUAGAAAUGCUUUGUCAACGUCUGAAGAAAAUAAUUUAGUUGUGUAUUUCAAAUGUUUGAGUACCAGGAUAAGUCCACCCACUAUGUGGAGUAUCUGGUCGAUACUCAAAAAAACAUUGAAAACAAAAGAUGAUAUCGACAUUAGUGAAUUUCAUAAUGUGAAAAGCAUGGUUAAAAAUAACGCCAAAGGUUAUAAACCAAAAAAAUCUCUUGUGUUGACGUGGGAUGAAGUAAUGAGAUUUAUAAAUGAAGCACCAGAUUCUAUGUAUUUAGCUUCAAAAGUCAUCUUGGUCUUUGGAAUCUGUGGAGCUACUAGAUGUGAGGAGCUCAAAGAACUGAAAGUUAAGGAUGUAGAAGACCUCGGUGGCAAAUACCUUGUUUCGAUUAAUGAGUCAAAGAAUGAUGUGCCACUUUUUACACUCAAAUAA